GCUACGCGUCCCUGUUUCAGGCAAUUUGAUGAGAAAUUUUAAACUGCUGUGUUUAUAUUGCUGGUGAGCGCGAGCGUGAGAAGGAAUAUAAGGGUGAGGCUGCGCAAAGGUGCAGCGUGGGUGGUGGGGACGUGAGAGGGGUUGCGUGAUUUGGUUGAUGAUGACGUAUUGGAGGAAGUGGAAUGGAAAGGACGAAGUGGCUGGGGCGGACGGGAUUAGCCAACCAGGAGGCGCUAGACUCCGCUUUCCGACGUUCAUCACGGUGCUCGUCUCGCUCUCAUCGGUCACCCACGGAGUACAUCUGUGUAUCUGUGUUGCGAUCGCAAAUUGGCUUGUGGUAAGUUGGAGAAUUCAUCAGGAGCACCUUUCAACACAAUGCAAAUGCGUUCAUAUCUCCAAGCAACAUCUCGUCAAAGAGCUCUAUGGUUGGAUUGUAAUCAUGUACGCGUUCACUAUCGCCCGCAAAGCAGUCUACAUGGUUCAAGAUGUGGUGCUAUCGCACAACUCCAGCAUGGCAGGGAUAUGACAACCUCGCUGCGUCGAUUAGCUCCUUCCACGCAUCACCAGCCUCGUUCUUUACUGUCCUUUCAACGCCGUCUCCAUUCUGUAUCUACUUCUUCAGAACACGAGACUAACAACAUGUAGGCACUCAUCCCGCGUUUACAUAUUCCUUAUACUCAACAUGACGAUCAGGGCCGCCAAGUUCACACCCAAGGUGCUCCUCAGCGCACCGCGCAGGUCCGAGGGCAU